GCAAUUCAAUUGGAUCCCAACUAUGCUAAGGCAUAUUACCGACGAGCAACAUGUUAUCUGCAGACCAUGCGGUACAAGCUUGCUAUAGCGGAUUUCCGCAAGCUCCUGGCUUUGGAACCUCAGAAUCAGCUAGUCCGACAACAGAUGGACAGCACGCAGAAAAUUCUGCGAAAGGCAGAAUUUGAGAAGGCAAUCGAGAUGGAGGAAGAGGCAAGUCCCGUUGAGAGAUGUUUGGAAAUUAUUGCCGAAGGUGGAUGUGAGGUCGACAAAGACUACAAAGGGCCGAAACUUCCGGCGGUAGAGGGAGGCAAAUAUGGAAUUUCAGUUGACUUCGUUAACGAGAUGCUUGAAUGGUUCAAAGAGGGUAAAGCGUUACCGAGACGAUACGUCUGGGAGAUUGUCUUGGGUGCACACAAUCAUUUUGUGCAGGAGGAGUCCCUCGUGACGCUGAACCUCGAAGACGGCAUGACCUGCGACGUCAUCGGAGAUGUCCACGGACAAUUCUACGACUUGCUACAUCUAUACUCGUUAACUGGACCCCCAACGGACAAACACUGCCUUCUCAUGAAUGGUGAUCUCGUCGACCGUGGGUCCUGGUCGAUCGAGGUUAUACUCACUGCGCUUGCCUACAAGUGGUUGUAUCCCAAGACCAUGUUCAUUAAUCGUGGAAACCAUGAAUCAAAGGAGAUGAAUCGUACAUAUGGCUUUGAAGGUGAAGCUAAGCAUAAGCAUGGCGAGCAAACAUACAAGCUCUUCGCUCACCUCUUCACGACCAUGCCCCUUUCAACCUUGAUUUGCGCUACAAAACCGCCAACGAGUCCGGCUGGUAGCGCCAUCUUAUCGCCUGAAGGCCGCAAACGUUUCUUCGUGGUUCACGGUGGUCUGUUCAGCAAGGACGGUGUCACACUCGAGGACAUCCGCAAGAUUGACCGAAUAGGUCGUCAGCCAGGACAAGAAGGGUUGAUAUGUAUGUAUGAUGGCUUGCUUUGGACCGAUCCUCAGGAAGCGCCUGGUCGAGGUCCUAGCAAACGCGGUGUUGGGAUCGCGUUCGGGCCCGACGUCACAUGGAGGUGGUGCCAAUCUAAUGGUAUUACUGGGAUUAUCCGCAGCCACGAAGUUCGCCAAGAUGGAUAUACUAUCGAGCAUAACGGCCUCUGUACUACGGUCUUCUCUGCACCGAAUUAUGUAGACCAGGGGGGGAACAAGGGUGCUUUCAUCCGCAUCGAUGCUGCAGGAUCUCAGGAAUACACACAGUUCGAUGCGACGCCUCAUCCACCAAUGAAGCCGAUGGCGUACGCAUCGGGUGGUUUGGCGAGUCUACUGAUGUAG